AUGGCCGAGGACAAGAUUCAGCACAGCGCAGGGCACAGUAGCGACUGGUUCUCUCACGAUGUACUGGAGGUGGGCGAGCUGGAAUCAACAACAAGCGCUUCACUAAAGCAUGUCCUGAAUUCCGUAGCCGCUGUGGGCCAGGAACACAGAAUGCCGCUGGAAUACAAAGCUCGGGUGCAGAAAGCAGGAAACAACAAUUUCCCAUUCUCUUCUCAUGACAACAGACAUGAAAUAUGCAAUGCAAUCGAAUAUUUUGACCUGGGCAUGGGCGUGAGGAAGAUGGAUCCAGAGAAGCAGAGACAGAACUCCCAUAACUUCUUUGAGUGGUCUCGUGCCCCAGGCCGCAGCAGCAGCGAAGGCUUCGUCACCGUGUACCAGAGCUCGUUUGUGCCAGCUCAGAGCCCUGGGAACGAGGAGCAGAGUCACAGGCGCUACCCCAAACACCACACCCAAAACCAAAACCAGUGCAGCACCAAACCUGCCCCUGAGGAUGACAAAGCCCUGCAGCCACACAAGACAUCUUGA